CCCGGCAUCUAGGCUAUGCUUCUUCCUGCUUCCAAGGAAGAAGGAAUCUUGAUAAAGAAGCGUUAUGCAGUUUUUAAUGAUGAUGGGACCCUGGCAGAGCUGAAAGGUUUUGAGAUUAAACGGCGUGGAGAGCUAAAGCUGAUCAAAGUUUUCCAGGCUGAACUUUUUGAUAAAUUUCUGCAUGGGUGCACCUUAGAGGAGUGCUAUUCAGCUGUUGCUUCUGUUGCAAAUCGAUGGCUUGAUCUUCUCGAUAAUCAAGGAAAAGACAUUGCAGACAGUGAACUGGUUGAUUACAUAUCAGAAUCAAGCACAAUGAGCAAGUCCUUAGCAGACUACGGUGAACAAAAGUCUUGCGCUGUUACCACAGCAAAGCGACUAGCUGAUUUUUUGGGGGAUACAAUGGUUAAAGACAAAGGAUUACGUUGUCAAUAUAUUGUUGCAUGCGAACCAAAGGGAACCCCUGUAAGUGAGCGUGUUGUGCCAGUUGCCAUAUUUGAAACUGAACCUGAGAUUAUGAAGUUUUAUGUAAGGAAGUGGUGCAAGAUUUCAUCAGAUGGUGGCAUACGUUCCAUUACUCAUUGGUCCUAUUACAAGCAGUGUUUGAGUUCAGCUAUCCAGAAAACAAUUACCAUUCCGGCUGCAAUGCAGAAGGUGGUCAAUCCUGUCCCAAGGGUAAUUCAUCCCGACUGGCUCCAUAAGAAGGUUCGUGAGAAGGACGACAAAUAUCGCCAGAGGAAAUUGGUUGAUAUCUUUGGUUCCCUGAGUAAAAAUAAUGGUUUAAAAGGAAGUAGUGAUGUUAUCAGUAACAAACAUGGAGUUGAUGAACAAAAUGCUGCAGAUCUGGAGGAUUUUGGGAAAAUUAGUAGGACUUUUCGAGUUGGACCUAGACCUGUUGUUCAUUGUUUUGAUGCCAAUGAAGUGCAGCAAUUAUCUAAAACACUGAAUUGGAUUGUCCCCCACAACAAAGUAUUUGUGAUGGAGGCACUCCAAAACUAUGGACAUCUCCACAAGAAGCUGCUAUUUCUAAGGAAAGUAUUGACAGGAAGGUAGAUUAUAGAGGAUGGCUAGAAUUAAAGAAAAGAAAAUGGAGGGAGAGACGGGAGAAAAGGAAGCGCCAGAGGUGAACUGCAAUGAGCAUAAGAGCGUUGCAGCAAAUAUAGUGUUUGUGGUUACCCUAUAUCCAAUGGUUUCCAAAAGGUUCUUUGGAGCCCAAAAAGUUAGUUUAUGUGAACGUUGACUCUAUGUAAAUAUAACUUACAUGCCUUGAGUUCAUACAAUUGUAUUCCUCAUGAAUCUAUUUUUAUUCUCAGGUAUGAAGGUGCACGACCUGCAGAAGCCCUUGUUGAGUUUGUGAAUAGUGAAGGAGAUGAGAUGAGCUUUGCAAGACAUUUCUUAUCAUUUUGCCAUUGCAAUAGUUUCUAGAAAAUGCAGAGCCAAGGUUGAUGGCGCAAAAAUUUUCUUGUGGAUUUGAACAAGGUGCUUAAAUGAGCUGACUUUUCUUCAAAUUGGGAAUGGUUUAUGGAUGGUAGUUUUCAUAGUCAUGUCAUAAUGGAAUCCAGUAAUAUGUUAAAAAUAUCAUAGAUUAAUGCUUAGUUCAUAAUUACCAAAAUAUGUAGUUUGUACGAGUGUAGAUUCUAUUUUUUCACAAUCUAUUUUUGGUUCAUAUAUUGUUUCCACUUACUUUUUUUAAGCUGUACAUGAAUACACAUUUUUUUCAUAUAUCAUUGUCGGCUAUUGAGCGAAUUGUU